CACUAUCUGCUGAUGACAGAGGGAUUGUUUGGAUUCAGCCCUCUGCCUUCUCCUCAGGGCUCUCCCUCUCUCACUCUGCUUAUCCCACUAACAAGGGGGGGGAUUAAUUUAUUUUUUUUAACCUGCAUUUGAAUGUGUCCACUUCUGUUUCUCCCCUUCCUGUGUAAUAUCCGGGUAGGAAAGUUGGAGGAAGCAUCUUUGGAGCAGCGUUGGACCUAGUGGGAGCUCGAUCACUGAGCUGAAGGGGGAGACGAAAGGGACAUUUGGAAGAGGAAGAAGCAACCAUGGGUGUACAAAAGGAAGAUGUGGAAAAGUUCCUGAAUGGGAACCCUGAUUUUGCUAAACAAUACUUUGCCAAAAAGGUGAACUCUUCUACCAUGUCAAAGGUUUCAGGACUCCCAGAAAAACAGAUCGACUUCAGCCAGUUUCGGGAGCUCAGUCAGAUUGAAGAAAGCAGAAUUAUGUAUGACCUGAUCAAAGACAUGCAGGAGAACAUCAACAUGGAAAAGGUGGUUCUCAAGAUCCUGAAGAGAAUCAGCGCGCUCAUCCUUGCUGACCGCUGCAGCUUGUUCAUGUAUCGCCAGCGGAACGGCGUGGGAGAGCUCGCCACUCGACUCUUCAACGUGAGCAAAGAGUCCGAUUUGGAUGCCUGCAUUGUGCCGCCAGACUCUGAGAUCGUGUAUCCGCUGGACAUGGGAAUAGUUGGCAAUGUUGCCCUGACCAAGAAGCCUAUUAAUGUGAAAAAUGUCAAAGAGAACCAGCACUUCAGCUCAUUCGUUGAUGAACUCACAGACUACGAGACCAGGAAUGUUCUUGCUGCACCCAUCCUCAACGGCAAAGACAUGGUGGCAGUGAUCAUGGCUGUGAACAAGACCACGGGACCAUAUUUCACAGCCGAAGAUGAAGAUCUUUUUUUGAAGUAUCUGAAAAUUGCCAGUUUGAACUUGAAGAUUUACCACCUGAGUUACCUCCACAACUGUGAGACACGUAAAGGGCAGCUGCUACUAUGGUCAGCCAACAAGGUGUUUGAAGAGCUGACAGACAUCGAGCGACAGUUUCACAAAGCCUUGUACACAGUCCGAGCCUACCUCAACUGUGACCGCUACUCUGUUGGUUUACUAGACAUGACGAAGGAGAAGGAGUUCUUUGAUGUGUGGCCUGUGCUGAUGGGAGAGCAGCCACCUUACUCUGGCCCCGUAACUCCCGAUGGCAGGGAGGUCAACUUCUACAAAGUGAUUGAUUAUAUUUUACAUGGAAAGGAAGACAUCAAAGUAAUACCCAAUCCACCUGCAGACCACUGGGCUUUGAGUAGUGGCCUACCUACUUAUGUUGCCGAGAGCGGUUUUAUUUGUAACAUUUUGAACGCGGCUGCUGAUGAGACAUUCGAUUUUCAGAAAGAGCCGCUGGACAGCAGUGGUUGGACAAUAAAAAAUGUUCUCUCACUGCCAAUUGUCAACAAAAAGGAAGAGAUAGUAGGUGUGGCCACAUUUUACAACAGAAAAGAUGGAAAACCUUUUGAUGAUCAGGAUGAACAGCUCAUGGAGGCUUUGACCCAGUUCCUGGGAUGGUCAGCUCUGAACACAGACACUUACGACAAGAUGAACAAGCUCGAGAACCGCAAAGACAUCGCUCAGGACAUGGUGCUCUACCACGUCAAAUGUCGAGAUGAUGAGAUUCAGAACAUCCUGAACACCAGAGAGGUCUAUGACUGUGAACCCAGAGACUGUGAAGAGGACGAGCUCCUAGCUAUCCUGAAAAAAGACCUCCCUCCGCUGAUUAAGAAGUUUGAGAUCUAUGAGUUCCGUUUUUCGGAUUUUAACUGCACAGAGAUGGAGCUGGUGAAGUGCGGGAUCCAGAUGUACUACGAAGUUGGUGUGGUCAAGAAGUUCCAGGUCCCUCAGGAGGUGCUGGUUCGCUUCAUGUAUUCAGUCAGUAAAGGCUACAGAAGAAUCACCUACCACAACUGGCGUCAUGGCUUCAAUGUUGGACAGACGAUGUUUACACUAUUAACGACAGGAAUGCUGAAGCGAUACUACACUGACUUGGAGGUAAUGGCCAUGAUAACUGCAGGCUUCCUCCAUGAUAUUGAUCACAGAGGAACAAAUAACUUGUACCAGGUCAAAUCUGGUAACCCUCUGGCCAAGUUGCACGGCUCCUCCAUUUUAGAACGGCACCAUCUAGAGUUUGGAAAGUUCCUCUUGUCUGACGAGUCACUGAAUAUCUACCAGAACCUUAACAGGCGACAGGUAGACCAUGUGAUUCAUCUCAUGGACAUUGCCAUCAUCGCCACUGACCUGGCUCUUUAUUUCAAGAAGAGAACCAUGUUCCAAAAGAUUGUGGACCUCUCACAUACAUAUGAGGACGAAAAGAAAUGGGUCGACUUCUUGUCACUAGAAACAACCAGAAAAGAGAUUGUCAUGGCCAUGAUGAUGACCGCAUGUGACCUGUCUGCUAUCACAAAGCCUUGGGAAGUGCAGAGCAAGGUUGCCUUGUCUGUGGCAGCAGAGUUUUGGGAGCAGGGUGACCUGGAGAGGACAGUGCUGGAACAGCAACCCAUUCCCAUGAUGGACAGGACCAAGGCGGCAGAGCUUCCAAAGCUACAGUGUGGUUUCAUUGACUUUGUCUGCACGUUUGUCUACAAGGAGUUUUCUCGCUUCCACCCACAAAUCCAGCCCAUGCUGGAUGGCAUCCUGAACAACAGGAAGGAGUGGAAUGCCAAAAAAGAGGAGUAUGAGGCUAAGCUCAAAGCCAUUGAAGAAGCAAAAGCUGCUAAAGAGGCAGCAGCAGCCAGUAAAGCAGCUGCAAACAACCCCAGUGGUGGGUCGGGCUCCAAGACCUGCUCUGUGUGCUAAACGACCAAAGAACUGUUUACAUCGCUGGGAUCGACGAAGACACAACAGCCCGAGUUCAUAAUUAUCUAAGAACCACAGCCAGUCAAGCAGUCUCACCGCAAUGGAAAAAAAAAAUGUCAUGAAGUCAGGAGGAUGGAUAUUUGAAUGCACGGCCCUGUAGUACCUCUUCAGAAAAGUGGUUCCAGUCGGAAAAGAAAAAACCUGAACACGGAGCGAUCAUCACCAAGGACAGCAAAGUUUUAAGAGCUUUAAGAGACAAUGACCAGGUGAGCCAAAAAAAUUUGUUCAAGUCUGACCACAUCUUGGUAAGACAUAACUGAGGAACGGAAACCAAAAAGCAAACAACCACAUGAUCGCGUUUGAGAAUAAAUUGCCGCUCCCUGUCUUAAAAUCAUUGUACUUUUAUGAAUCAAGAGUGAAGGUGAUUUUUACACUUCAGGUUUCUCUCAUUAUAAAUUGUUUGCUUAUCUCUCAAGGAUUCACGUUAGUGAUGGUGUGUGUGUGUCUGUGUACUGUGUGCUUGUUGCAAGUUGUGUUUCUCAAAUGUACAAAUACCCCCAACUUUUAUAUUUUUUCCCCCCAACUUCUUACAACUGUUUAUUUACAUAGCAAACAUCUCAGGAGGACACAACCUACAUCUGUGUUGUAAACAAUAAUCCCGUACAGAACGUGAGUGCAGUGUUAAUUUUUUAUGCUCAGGCCUCUAUAGAAUAUUUAUGUUUGGGGAUUUAAUUGUCUAUAUAUUUACUACUGUAGUAUUUUAGUUUUCACAGAACAUAGACAGUCACCUUUCAUUCAUAUUCCAAAAGUAAUCCAAUGUUGACUCCUUCCAGUCACAUACUAUUUACAAAUGAGAGUCUGUUUACUGCAGAAAGCCAAAGGUAGAUGUUCAGUGAUGCUACAGUAACAACUUUUUAAAAUGAGUUUAACAGCGAACACUUGUAAGUUUACAGUCAGCAAGUCUGUAGAUGCUUAUUCAUGAUGCCUUUAUAUUGUAAAUAAACAGUGUGUGGUUUAUGAGUGUGAGACGGUAGCCUCAGAUAUGUAUUUUACAAAUAUAGUAUUACAAAUGUCUUAUUAAAUAAGAACAGGAAAUCAGGUGGUUCCACAUAAAACUGAUUCAUUUGAAUUCAUUGUGCUUGUUUAUAUCUGCAUGAACUAAGAUGGGCUACAGCAUGAGUGUAAUCAAACACUGGGAUCGGCAAGUUUACUUAAACUGGUUUAAAGAGUGAGUUGUACUAUAUUAAUCCCCACUUGAAAACUACCCUCUGCGCUGGACUCAUCCCAAAUAGGACCAGGAGUCAGUCAGAGCGCACCAACUGGGGAUCAGUGCGAGUAAUCAUGAACAUGCAAACUACUCCACGCGACCAAUUCAUAAACUCAGGACUGUUGUGCUGCAAGGCAAAAGCACUAAUCGCUGAACCAUCAGGCUAUUCUUAUUACAAUCCCUGAGUGCAGGCCUUGAAGGCAAUGAGGACACAGAGCUGUUUGAAACAGCAUAAAGAAGCAACUGAGCUUUGUAUAAAGACUUCUACAUACUGUCCCACUUCCUGUGAAUAUCCAACUAUUUUUCUAGUUUAAAGCUAAAGAGCCUGCCCUGUAAUUAGUUAUUUGCAAACACUAGCAAAAGUCAUAAAGCUGAAUAACAAAUUUAUCAUGCUUGAUUUAAAGAAAGUUAAAUGUAUUACAUAUAUGGAACUGCUAUGGUGAGGGUUUAUUAAAGAUGACUGUAAUGUUAGACCAUAAAUCAACCUAAAUGUGCUGUGGAUGUAACCGUGAUUUUUUUUUUUUAAAUAGACUUCAUUUACUUUUCAGUCAGUAUUGUAAAGCUUGCCUCCUCAUGUGCUCCAUAUGUACAGUGAUGACCCCAAUAAAAGCAAGUGUAUUUUUAA